AUGCCAAAGCCCAAGCCCUGGCUGCCGCAAGAACCAGGGCCAAAACUCCCUCCCUACGACAUCAAUCUGAUGGGUCCCAAUGUCACAUUCCUGAAAGCUCUCGACACCGACUCCGCCCACGGCACCAUCGUGAAAGCACGCGUCGGCCGUUAUCUGUACGCCAUAAAAUUCCUCACCACACCUCCAAACGUUAUCAACACCAGAGAUAUUUACGGCCGCAAAGGAUCAUGGAGCUGCUGUGAUGAAUUUGACUGGUAUUUCUCCCCGUUUGAGAACGAGUGUCGAGCUUUCGGCAGAUUGAAGGAGCAGAAAGCCGAGUCGAUUGCUGUUAAAGUCUACGGAUGGGUUGCCCUGACAACAAGACAAAUUAGAAGAAAGCUUGCUGCUGGAGGUGCGCCGAAAUUAAACGGGUUUCCUCCUGGGCUACUCUACGGCAUUGUCAAAGACUGGGUCGAAAUAACUCACUGGCACGAUUUGAAGCAACGCGUUACGUACGAUUAA